AGAUAAAAUAAAAUAAUAUGGAAGCCCCUAAAGCCUGGCGCAGGUUCGACCCUGUUGGACAUGAAUAUACACGGUCCCCAACACCCGUUAUUUGAGCCACUUUAGCGUUCCCAACUUUUUUCCCUAUCCCACAGCUAACUGGUCUCAGAAGCCAAUGGUGAACCCAACACUGUUUUAACUCCAUAACUGAUUCAUACCGUUCAAUUCAGCAUUGUCACGGUCUGAAAAUGGGUUUGUUGGUUCAUCAGGCAUCAAUGUUUUCAUUGCCUGCAAUUCCCCAUUCUCUUCACACGUUUACAGCUAAUGCCCACACAGCAUUAACCUCUCUAAGUUUAUCUACAAUUACCAUAUAUCCCCAUGAGUCCAAGUUUAGGAGAAUCCAAAGACACAAUCACAUUACAUGUAUGGCGCAUCCAAGAAGAGUCCAGAUGGUAGCUGAACAAAUCAGAAGAGAACUAUCAGACAUGCUUUGCAGGGACAAAGUGCUUCAGCAUGCUGUUCUUCCAGAGGCUGCCCUUGGUGCAGAUAUGUACUUGACUUCACUGGCAACUAUAAGUGAUGUUGAGGUUUCAAGGGACCUGCAGGUUGCAAAGGUUUAUGUCUCUAUAUAUGGCGAUGAUAGAGGACAAGAGAUAGCUAUGGAAGGUCUGAAAGCAAAGAAUAAGUAUGUACGAUCUCAAUUGGGCAAGCGCAUGAAGUUGAGGUUGACCCCUGAAGUUCGUUUCAUCAAGGAUGAUUCACUAGAACGAGGAAGCCGGGUAAAUGCAAUAUUGGAAGAGCUUAAACAGGAGAGGAAAAUGAAGGAAAAGAAAAACCGAUCAGCAAAUAGUGAUCUUGAGGAAGACAUACACCCAAGACAGAUGAGAUCAAAUCCCAAAGAAGAAGAGAUGCAAACAGAAUCAUCGGAUGAAGAAUGGGAAAGCGAUGAGGAUGAUGGAGAUCUCAUAUACAUAAGAUGAUUAUCACUACUCUCUGGACUGCCCACCUUUUACAGCAGGAUGUUGAGUAUUCUAUUUUACGAAAAGAAAAAAUCGCUGUUAUUGUCGGAGUCAAUCAUGGCUGCCUUUUUACUUGACGGGGUGAAUAAGAAACUGGUGCUAAAGCAUAACAAUUAAAAUAGACUGUACAAAUUCUUCUUGAGUAAAUAUUACAAUCUCUCUCUUACGCUAUUGGUUGUUUUGGUAAUAUUAUUUGUAAUUAUCAUGCUUUCACAAUAUAGAGCAUUUUCUUGUU